UCUCACUCAUCAAAAUCCUCCAAUCCUGAACAGUCUUUAGGCUCCACAGUAAAACACUGCCAACUAAAGCAUAAAAAGCAGGUCCUUAAUUAUUUGUCCUGUUUUAUGAAAUAAGGAGAUUUAUAUUGCUCUGGAUUCUUCUAGGUUGUAAAAUCUUUUGGGAGGAUAAUAAAAGCUUUUACCUUUCAGCUCUCUGGUAAACGGCAGCCUUGAGAAGCAUAAAAGUCUUCUGUCAUGAACUCUUGUUGAGAGUAAAAUUCAGAACUACAGCAUUUGCUUGGUGUGUUUUUUAAAGGAGCUUUCUUGUGAAUGUCCUUGUUAAGAUAUAAAUAUUUUUACAUAACACUGAACAUCGCUGAACCCAAACUCUGAGACGGGACCAUAUUUCCAACUGACGUCUGUAUGAGAGGAGGAGUUUGGUAAAGUCACUCAGGAUUAUUUUCAAAAUGACUCAAGCAGCUCACUCUCCAUCUGGAACAGACGUCUCCAGUUUUCCUUCUUUACUGUGUUGUCCAGAACGGAUUGGAUGGUUCCAGCAGAUCAGAUGCGCAAAGAAUCAUGACGGACAAGAGAAACGCGUUCGUGGAUAAUUAAUGGAUGUCUGUCCAAGUAGAGUUGCUUCGAUGACUGUGGGGGAAAUUUGGAAGAGGAGACGGAUUUUUCAAAUGGACAAACGCGCCGUCUCUCCUGACUUCGCCUUCACAGCUGAGAACUCCCUGGGUCUUACGGUCGUCUGGACAAACUCAGCUUUGUUGGGACCAGCUUCCAAGCGGUUUGCGAGUUGCCUGAUUAUCACAGGACACAUUUGAAGCAGCCGAUGCGCAAUCAUCUUCCCAUGGACUGGUGAAACUUAGUCUCCCCCUGUUGCUCCAGGUAAGCUGAAAUCUGUCCGUCAUCAUUACUCAGAACUCCGUCAUGGAUUUCAACAACAGCUCGCUGCGCUAUCUCCACGUGGAGUUCAACCCGCUGACUGAAAUCAUGGACGAGAACGAAACGAACUCCACGCUCGGUGAGCGGAACUUGUCGAGCUGCGUCCAGAUCCGGAUCCCGCAGGAGCUUUUCCUGGCGCUGGGCAUCAUCAGCCUGGUGGAGAACAUCCUGGUGAUCCUGGCGAUCAUCAGGAACCGCAACCUGCACUCGCCCAUGUACUACUUCAUCUGCUGCCUGGCCGUGUCCGACAUGCUGGUGAGCGUCAGCAACGUGGUGGAAACCAUCUUCAUGCUCCUGAACGACCACGGCCUUCUGGACGUGCACCCGGGCAUGCUGCGCCACCUGGACAACGUCAUCGACGUGAUGAUCUGCAGCUCCGUGGUGUCCUCGCUCUCCUUCCUGUGCACCAUCGCCGCGGACCGCUACAUCACCAUCUUCUACGCGCUGCGCUACCACAGCAUCAUGACCACGCAGCGCGCCGUCAGCAUCAUCGCGGUGGUGUGGCUGGCCAGCGUCACCUCCAGCAUCCUCUUCAUCGUGUACCACACCGACAACGCCGUCAUCGUGUGCCUGGUCACCUUCUUCUGCAUCACCCUGGUGUUCAACGCGGCGCUCUACCUGCACAUGUUCGUGUUGGCCCACGUGCACUCGCGGCGCAUCACCGCGUUUCACAAAGGCAGGCGCCAGUCCACCAGCAUGAAGGGCGCGAUCACCCUCACCAUCCUGCUCGGUGUCUUCAUUCUGUGCUGGGGGCCUUUCUUCCUUCACCUCAUCCUCAUCCUCGCCUGCCCCACCAGUCCCUUCUGCAACUGCUUCUUCCGGAACUUUAACCUUUUCCUAAUUCUGAUCAUCUGCAACUCCCUCAUCGACCCGCUCAUCUAUGCCUACAGGAGCCAGGAGCUGCGCAAAACCCUGCAGGAGCUGGUCCUGUGCUCCUGGUGCUUUGGCAUGUAGCGGCCGUGCGCGUCACCGGUAAAUUGAGGCAAAUUAGGUCAACGUGCGAUCUUUUAUCCGAAGAACUGUUUCUCUGUGAAGGUUUUAUUGGGCGGAUUGGUCCCCGAGCUGCACGCAGCACUUACAAGAUGAAGGAGGAAUCUUACGAAAACGUUUACUAAUGCCAGCAUGGAGCUGGGAUUAGUUUCACUGGGAGAUUUUGCCGUUUCAUUGUUGCUCGAGAACGCUCAAUGCCCAAUACUUUCUAACUUCAGGGCCUUUUCUUUGACAAUGCUGUCAGAUAACUCAAGAGAUCUUUAACCUAAAAAUAGUCAUUUAACUUUACAUUAAUAAAUAUCAAAGUCCAGUGAAAUAUUUGACAGCUAGAAGGUCACAGCCGCCUAGAAUUUGGGCGAGUAACAAAAUAUUUUCUGUGAUCAUUUGUGUCAACAAUUCGUUUGACAAUCAAUCACUUAAAGUGACUUUUUUAUGCUGCAAGAAAAUAUAAUAUUAGAUUUCAACAUUUUAUGAAAGAAAGAAAUAUCCACCAGCGGAUCAGCCAGUUAUUCGGGAUCUUAAUCUGCAAUAUUUUGUAAGAGGCCUGAACGGGGAUCCGCAGAACGUUGUUAGAUUAAAAUAUACGAGAGUUACCUUUAUGAUUAUUCAUUUCCAUAAUUCACAAACCAACUGAAAAUAAAACAAAUAUUGAUAUGCAACGUCUUAAGUAUAUGGUACCAAAGGAUUUGUUUGGAGGUAAAAAUGGAGGGAGGAAAAAAUAAAAUGACGAAGGACAAAGAUGCGUAUAUGGUAUUUUACUAUAAUCAAUAACCAAAUUAAUAAUAAUAAUAAUAAUAAUAAUAAUAAUAAGCAAUAUUAUCUCUAUUGCAAUAACUUAUAACAUCUUUCAGCAUGAACCAUCUGGCAGGGAGCAAACAAUAGAAAUUGACCUCGGCUGUAAUUAAUUUACAUUUGUGUUGUUAAAAAUGGUCAUUAAUGUACAAUAUCCAUAAAUAGAUCAAUCUAAAAAAAAAGAAUAAAUAUUACGGGAUAUUUCAUGAUUUACAUAACAAAAAGAGAAAAGAAAAACCCAAACACUUUUGUUUUUGGGUUUUAUUUCGAUAAAGACUAAGUUCAUUCACUGUAUUGAUUCAGUAAAUCGUGGUUCCAAUAAAGUUAACCGAUUGAACUGCCUCCCAAAAUGCGCCUUGUUGAAACGAUCCUUCCGCUCCAGAAAUCUUGUUUUCUUAAACAAUGCUUCCAGUCAACAUCUCUGUCCAAAAAUAAAAGUGCGAAUGAGACGCGGAGAGGAAAAAAAAAAAAACACUGAUGGGAAAAAAAAAUCACAUGAGCAGCUCAACGCCCGAGGCUCAUUGCAUGGGACGUUUAUGAAAGGAGGCUUAAUCAAAGUAAGGCUGUUUCUGGAGACGUGAUUCCCGGGAAACUUCAAAGACGCGGCGGUUCCGGAUUUGAGUUUAGUCUGCUCAGGUCUGAACAUCUUUCUGCUAGUGAAGAUUAUUAUUAUUAUUAUUAUUAUUAUUAUUAUUAUUAUUAUUAUUAUUAUAUUGACCUCAGAGUGAAAUUCAGUGUAAAGCUGUGAUUAUUUUCUUUAUUUUAUGCGCUUCUUGUUCUAAAGUUUUAUUUACCGUUUCAAAAGUUUCAAUUUAAGUUUUAGGUUUACAUACGAUAACUUGAAUCAAUGCGUACCACUGUAUUUACAGCUUUUAGUACAUCCCUGUAGCCAAUGAAAUCGAAAUGGCUUAGCAAUUUUUUUUUAACACAACAAAACCUCCAUCUUAUCUUAUUUGUUCUCUUUGUUUUUUCUUACACCUGUUCCUAAAAUAAACACAGGUUAAUAGAAAUGAUUAAUAAUACUAACUGGAAAAAAAAAAUAUGUAGCUAAGCUUUCUGUGUAACUAGACUAAGCAAAACCUUAGUUCAUUUCGUAGCUAAGGGAUGCCUUUCUGUUUCGACUAAGGAGAUCCAAGACUGAUCCACUCUCUACAUGUAAGGCUUGGAAAGGAGAUGAGUAAUUAUGUUUUAAGAGAAAUGACAAAUUGUGUCUUUAGUAUUUAUUGUUUUUGUAUGAUUGUACAACAAUCAUAGCCAUUUCAGGGCCUCUAAAGACUGUUUUAUUGUAUGUAAACUUGCAAAUAUGUGUCUCUGGGGGUAAAACAUUUCUGAUGAAGCUGUAGUUUUACCUGUUUUAUGUGUGAAAUGGUCAGUGUGACACUAUUAUAAAAAAAGAGAGUUGACUUUUCUAGUCUUAUUGUUUUCAUAAUAAAAAAGUUCAAUUAAAAAUGUGUUAUUUAUCCAAAAAACAAUCAAACAAAAAAAAAACCAACUAAUUUACUCCAAGGAGUCUUCACAUGUUGCAGGGCCUGUCAUAGACAAUGCUUUGUGAAGCCACCUUUCAUUGCAAACAGAGUUGCCAUUCUUUGAGAUAUUUCUACCAGCUUUGCAUGUCUGCUGGACAUUUUGUAAAAUUUUCAAGGUUAAAAACAUUGGAUGGAUGAUGCCUGAACAUCAGAUUUCAAGUCUUGCUAGGAUUCUUUGACUGGGUCAUUCUAACGUGCGAUAUACUUUAAUAUGAAUUCAUUCACAUUAGUCCUGGUUGUAUGUCGAGAGUCACUGACCUGCUGAAUGUGAAUCUUUGCCUUCGUCCUGAAUCUUUUGGAACAAGUUUUCUUCUCAACACCCUGUUUGAGAAGAAAUGCACAUAUAAUUUACCACAAACGCUAAAACUUUCUUUUCUUAGGGUCCUAUGAAGCCAGAACAUUAUCUUCACAUGCUUAGAUAUCAUCUUAAGGCUUUACUUCAGCUACCUUAGGGUGGGAUGGUAAGGUAGGAGGAACAAAACCCAAGAAACUGAGGCAAAACAUUGCAUGUUGGGUCAUCAUCGUUCCAAAUAACUGUUAGACCUUGUCUCCAGGUAUUUCUUGCAAAUUUUUGAUGUUUCUAAAAUCACUGCGAUGUGAACUGUAACCAUAUGCUUUUGUCAGAUGAGAGUCAGAUUGAGAAGUUAGGAAUAAAAACUUCAUGCAGGUUUAACAUGAAACAAAGGAUGAUUUGUGGAAAACCACUUCAUGCCCGCUGGACUAUUUGUGAUCCAGUGGAUCUGUUUCUCUUCCAAAAGCCCCAGAAAGUUUUCUAGACUUCAUGCCGCCAUGGACGCUUUCAAAUACCGGGACAUUUUAACUAAAGAUCUAUAAGUCUUUGCCAGUAAUCUUGGAAUCUUAAAAUGGGUCAUCAUUGGAUUUUUUAGACCUCUCUAACCCAGAGGAGAGCAACAGGAUAGCAAUGUCCUUAUCCAGAGUAACAAUAUGCAACUACUAAACAUUGUUCAACACCGGCGACAAUUAAUCAUCCUUAACUUUAGAUCACAGUUGGUCACAAAACUGCAAAAAUCUUCAUUUUAGAUUAUGUACACAUGAGAGAUUACUGGGUUUUUAAUAAAUCUUUAAACUCACCUUUUAACCACACCUUGACUGCUUUAUGUCAAAUCAGUGACACAAGUACUACAUUAUGAAAACUUGCAUCAGUUUUCUUCUUCAUAUGAACCUAAUAGUGGAUCUGAUGUGGAGAGGCCACUUGACUUUAAUUAUAACUCAUUACACUAAAUUAGGGCACAGUGUCACUGCUUUAUUUACAGGGAACAGCGUUUUCAGAGUCAGGCAGGAUUAUGACUUCCUCUUCCUUCCAUACAGCACAGCUUUGUUCAUAGCACAGACCAAAUCGCUCCAGCAAAAAACUAAUGCAAUCAUAAUUAACUUCCAUACUGUUAACCUAAAGAUUUUAAGAUCAUCAAGAGCGAUGUGUACAGUAUUUGCAGAAUAGUUAUUAUAGUGUAAGCUUUUGAUUACAUUUAUUCAUAAAGUGGAUUUUUGCUGCUCUUAACACCUCUUUAUUUUAUAAAGCACUAAUUGUUUUUAGAAAAAAUAUUAUUUUUAAUAGAAUAUUAAUACUUUAGACCUAUACUGGGCACUAUCUGUGUGAACUUCCACAAUGUUUCUUUAUCUUUUGUACCAUUUCUUAAAUCAUUUUUAGGUUUGCUAAUCCUUUCCAGUGGCUGACAAGCCAACAAGUGGUACAUUUCACAGUUAAUUAUGCGUAUGUUUACUGUCAUUUCGUGUUUAAAGCUUCAACAUGACGCCCUCAUGAUUACUGUUUCUAGGAAAGUGCAAACUGCUUCAGGUUAUGAGCCUUUUAUGCUGAAAAGUCACUGAAUAAUAUCAUUCAACUCUCUUCAAAGAGCCAUUGGCUUUUUGUGAAAAAUGUUCUCACAUUCAAAUGAUGCAUAAAAAUCCCUAGGCAGCGUUAAAAUUUACAAGACAGUCGUUGUUGCAUGCAGGUGGUGGGCAUGAUCAAAGAAGAUAAGAUACAAUACUCUGCUGGAAUUAGACAGUUUGGUAAUGCUCUCUUGGUCAAAAUGUCUACUUUAUGGGGGAAUUCCCACAUUUAUCCAAAGGACUGGUCUCUCAUUACUAAUGAAAUGAAAAUGAAGAUGCCUCUGUGUUUUUCAUUUGGUUUUACAAAGCCAUUCUGUGAAGUUCGAAGGUGUUUGACCAUUAGACGCCCAACCGGUCAUGAAGGAACACAGCAGAUUGUUUGAAGUAGAGCUAAAAUACAAAACACUAUCCAAAGCUUUGAAAAAUCUCAAGAACACCGUUCAAUACAUCAUCUGGAAAUUGAUUAUUGCUCUCUGCUUUGUUUUACACAGGUAAAAGGCAGUUUGUACAAAUACCAACUUAAUUCUAACAUGGCUGUGCAUCCCAGGAUCAACAUUUCUGGUGUAUGUCUUAGUUUAUAGUCUUUCCGUGCCCUCCUUCUUGUUCUUCUAGUUUUGUUGUUGUUGUUAUUGUUAAUAUUAUUAUUAGCAGUAACGUAGUAGUAGUUUUAAUAUUGUUAUAACUGUAAUCCAAGAGCUGUUAUUGUUAUGCAUUUUUCUGUCUUAUUUCAAAUUUCUGUUUAAUUAAAAAAGUUAAAACUC